UUUCUGUGAGCAUGCUGACUGGUCUCAUGUAGGGAUCCAAUACCUGCAGGCAAAACACAAGCAGUUUCAACACAUUAUAAUUAUGAUUAUGUAAUAGUAGUAUUCAAUUUCCUAAUAAGAGUAAGAAGUAGAUCUACACCCACUUGAAUGGGCCUAUAACGCGCUAGCAGUACUGUACGUAAUGGGGGAGGGAGGUCGUAUAUAUAUAGCGCCACUACAAUGUGGGCCUAAAGCUAUAGGAUGCCGUUACUGCUUACAGGGAGGUAGUUAGUGCCACAAUAUAUUGUAUACUAGCUGCAACAACACAGCUAGCUAGCUAGGGAUACCUACUAACUGUCUACCAUUGAAGAGAGACUACCCAUGACAUCCAUGCUGUGUAGACUAGUGUGUGUGGUCCUGCUCUCUGGGAUCACUGCACUGGCAGGGGGACAGCAAAGUUCAGUGAUCUGCACUGACCUACCCUCACUGGCUAUUGGGGAUAUCGACUAUGGUGGUGCUGGAUCCACUAACAGCAGACCAGAGGGCACUGUGGCCAGGUACACCUGUGACACUGGCUACACUCUCAAUGGAGGCAGCACCUUCAGGACUUGUGGGAGUGGAGUGUGGAGUGGGUUUGCUCCAGUGUGUCUGCUGAACUGCCCUGACUUACUCCCACUGACCAAUGGGAUGAUUAUGUACAAUGCUACUGCUGGAUCUACUGUUAAAAACAAAACGUUCAGCUCUACUGCUGUGCAUUCCUGCAACACUGGCUACACUCUCACUGGAGGUGCCACCACCAGGGUCUGUGUGAGUGGAGGGAGAUGGAAUGGGUCACCUCCAACUUGUCAAAAGGACACAGGACCCACCUGCCCUGACUUACCCUCACUGACAAAUGGGAUGAUUAUGUACAGUGCUGGAUCCCCUGACAACAGACCUUUCAUCACUGUGGUCACCUACUCCUGUAACCCUGGCUACACUCUCACUAGUACUGGAAGGGACACCACGCGGAUCUGUGUGAGUGGAGGGAGCUGGAGUGGGUCAGCUCCAACUUGUCAAGGACCUACUGAACCACCCACCACCUGUCCUGACCUCACUGUACCAGCCAAUGGAAUGAUCAGCUACACUAUGGGGACUGCUAGUCUGAGACCAGUGGGCACUAUGGCCACCUACACCUGUGACACUGGCUACACUCUCAAUGGAGGCAGCACUAGGGUCUGUGUGACUGGAUGGAUCUGGAGUGGGUCAACUCCAACUUGCCAAGGUGACUCUUUGGAUACAGGACCGACAGUUGCUCCAUCCAUCACCUGCCCUGACCUAACUUCUAUGACCAAUGGAAUGAUCAGCUACAAUACGGGGAAUAGUCCCAGAUCAGUGGACACUGUGGCCACCUACACCUGUGACACUGGCUACACUCUCAAUGGAGGUACUACCACCAGGACUUGUAGGAGUGAUGGAAUGUGGAGUGGGUCAGCUCCAAAUUGUCAAGGACCUUGUUCUGAUUUACCACCACUAAUGAAUGGAGACAUUGCCUACACUGGUGGACUUGCUGACAGCAGGCCUAUUAAUACAAUUGCUACCUACACUUGUGACAAUGGCUACACUCUCACUGGAGGGAGUUUCCGAGCUUGUCCGAAUGAUGGGACCUGGAGUGGAACAACUCCAACCUGUCAAUUGAACACAGGACCCACUGAACCACCCACCACCUGUCCUGACCUGACUGUAUCAACCAAUGGAAUGAUCACCUACAAUAUGGGGACUGUUAGUCUGAGACCAGUGGGCACUAUGGCCACCUAUAACUGUACCACUGACUACACUCUGGAUGGAGGCAGCACCAGGACUUGUGGGAGUGAUGGAAUGUGGAGUGGGUCAGCUCCAACUUGUCUGUUAGCGGAAAUCACUACCUCUCCCCCCACUGCAACCACUGCCACUACUGGAGGGGACACUGGGCCCACCACUGCAGCUAACAACACAGGAGGUGUGGUGGCAGGUGUAGUCCUUGUGUUACUCAUUCUAGCCGCUGUCAUUGUGGUGGGUAUCAUUGUCGGGGUCUACUUCUGGAGGAAACUUCGUGGCAACCAGACCAAGUACACACAAUCACCCUCCCCACGUCAUGCCCCUCCCCCUCGCCCCAUCCCCUAUCAAGCAUCCUUCAAGAAGAGCAACGGACAAGACAGUAAAGUCACUAUUGAGAAAGUCGACGAGCCUAGUAUAGUAGAGUUUCCUAGUGAUACUCAUGUGACGGAGGGGGAGGAGGUGUAUCUGAGGGUGAAGGUGGGAGGUCACCCUCCACCCAGUAUCACCUGGUACCACGACAGUAGGAAGGUGACUGCAGACUAUGCCACAGAACUGGACCAGGACGAUGGAUUAUCCUUCCCUAGUGUGGAGACUAAGCAUGCUGGUGAGUACAGGCUAUAA